UAACCUCAAAAAUUGAAUUGAACACGUCAACCUGUUAACAAAUUUGCAAAAACAUUGUGAAAUUGUAAAGUUACAGUGAAACAGCGGGUGAAGACCCGAAGUGAAAUUUCCGGACGAGUUUGGCAUAACCUUAAAGCUGGAAUCGUUCAAAAUGCGAAGGGCCCAUGCCGGAAACUACUACGAGCCUCUGCCCCAAACUUCUAACGAAGUCGAGGAGGAAAAUGACCGAAUGGCUAAUGAAUUAAGGGACAAGGUUGGUGCACUGAAGUCCCUUUCGAUAGAUAUAGGAAACGAGCUGAAAUAUCAGGACAAAUUGUUGCGAGAUGUGGAUGACGAUAUGGACAGGACUAGGGGGUUUUUGGGGAAUACUAUGAAUAGGGUUUUGCGGUUGUCAAAGGGGUCUCAUAAUUAUUACAUCGUGUAUUUAUUUUUCUUCUCAUUGUUUGUGUUCUUUGUGUUGUAUAUUGUAUUAAAGUUUAGGUGAUUUUGACAAUUUUGUAUAUAAGUGUUGGCUUUUGUAUUAUAGGGCUUGAAAUAAAAUUUGGAUAUGCA